GCCGCGGCAGCCAGUCAGGUCGCGGGCGCUGGGAGGAGGAGGCGGCGCCGGAGGAGGCGGGGGGGCCCCCGCAGCCCCGCCCUGGGCCCCCAGGGCUCGCCGUCUCGUCUGGGGCCGCCGCUACCGCCGUCGCCACCACUCCCGUUGACGCCAGUGCUGCUGCUGCUGCCGCCCUGCCCCGCCGAGGCCAUGGCAGAACCAAGCAAGCAGGACAUCGCAGCCGUGUUCAGGCGUCUCCGCUCCGUGCCGCCCAAUAAGGUGUGUUUUGACUGUGGUGCCAAAAAUCCCAGCUGGGCCAGCAUCACGUAUGGGGUGUUUCUCUGUAUCGAUUGCUCAGGCACUCAUCGGUCUCUUGGGGUUCACCUGAGCUUUAUUCGGUCUACCGAAUUGGACUCCAGCUGGUCUUGGUUUCAGCUGAGAUGCAUGCAAGUUGGAGGGAAUUCCAGUGCUUCUUCCUUCUUCCACCAACAUGGCUGUACAACAAAUGAUACCAACGCCAAGUAUAAUAGUCGUGCUGCUCAGCUUUACAGGGAGAAGAUUAGAUCUCUUGCCUCCCAAGCUGCCCGGAAGCAUGGUACUGAUUUGUGGCUGGAAAGCUGUGCAGUGCCGCCAUCCUCGCCCCAACAGAAAGAGGAAGAUUUCUUUGCAUCCCACGCUUCUCCCAAGGUUGGCGACCCAGAGUGGGCAUCAGCACAGCCAGAGCCACUUUCUGUAGGGCCAAGUUCUUCAGAAACCAUACCAGAACGGAGCGCAGGUGGACCAGAGCAAGGACCAAGUGUUGAUGGCCUGAGCAUCUCACCCAAAGCUUCAUUAGAUGUUUCCUCUCUCAUAAAAAAGAAACCAACUCAAGCUAAAAAGGGGCUUGGAGGUAAAAAAGGAGGUUUGGGGGCCCAAAAAGUGAGCGCCACGAGCUUCAGUGACAUCGAAAAGCAAGCCCAGGCUGUGGAGAAGAGGAAGGAGCAGGACGAGCUCCAGGCGUCCAGGGAAGAGCCCAUAGUGUCGUCGUUACGAUUAGCCUACAAGGACCUGGAGAUUCAGAUGAAGAAAGACGAGAAGAUGAAUUUUGGUGGUAAAAAGAAGAUCGAGUCCGAGAGGCUUGGCAUGGGCUUUGGGAAUACCCGAAGUGGGAUUUCCCACUCUGUGACUUCAGACAUGCAGACCAUAGAACAGGAGACGCCCACUCCGGCCAAACCCAGGAAGAAGUACGGUGAUGACAAGGAGGAUUCCUAUUUCACCUCAUCCAGUGCAAGGUACUUUGAAGACCCUGCUGAGACAAGAAGCAGCUCCAUCAUUAAAUGGGACGACAGCUCAGACCUGUUUUGGAAGAACGAGCCUUUCAGAGAUACAGAAACCAUCCUGAGCCCAAAAGGGAUGGGCUACGCUGACAGACCUACUUCGCGUCGCAAGCCUGAUUAUGAGCCAGCUGGAAAUACAGAUGAGGCACAAAAAAAAUUUGGCAACGUCAAAGCAAUCUCAUCAGACAUGUAUUUUGGAAGACAGGAACAGGCUGAUUAUGAAACAAGGGCUCGGCUGGAGAGACUCUCUGGAAGCUCCUCCAUAAGUUCAGCUGACUUGUUUGAUGAGCAGAGGAAACAAUCCUCAGGAAACUACAACCUUAGCAACGUCCUGCCGAAUGCCCCGGACAUAACGCAGUUCAAACAAGGAGUGAGAUCAGUGGCCGGGAAGCUCUCGGUCCUGGCCAACGGAGUCAUGACGUCCAUUCAGGAUCGCUACGGUUCCUAAUCACCCGGCCCGCCACGAGGACGCUGCCCUCGGCGUCCCACUUGUCCCUCAGCCCGGGCCGAGAGUCCGGCCGCCUUUCUGCCGAGCUGGGGCUUCGGGGAUUCGCUUUCUUUUUGAGAAAUUCUUUUUCUUGCUGUAGUAGAAGCAUUUAGUAAUUCCUGUUAAUUUAUGGUCCACUUUGAUUCCCUGCCCUGGCCCUCCCUGGGCAGCCCCUUCUGGGGUGCCAGGGGCCCCUCCGCCUCCCAAGCCAACCUCCCUUCUGCCCAGAGCCGGCCCGGCCUUCCCUCCAAGGGGCUCUCGAGGCCCCCCCCCAGGCGGUGCUGGACGGGUUCCUCCAUCCCGUGUCCGUUCCCCAAGGGAUGGGAAGACUAUAUUGACAACAUUGUUUCCCUUUUAAAUUUGUUAACUUUGUAUGAAAUACAGAAUUUUUUAAACUUUCCAAUGAGUGCAUUAAAUACACAUUUCCGAUUUCCUGUAGCUGCAGGAAGGGCUUCCUCCUGCCGCUGGCUGGCUUGCGAGGCGGGGCGGGGCGACAGGUGGAGCCGGGGACCUCCGGGCCAGAAGGGGUCGGGGGACAGUCGGGGUGGGGCUUCCCCGAAUCCUGGGCUUCAGCCAAUCACAGAUCACGAACAAAGGAAGCCCCCGUAGGCCGGUGGUAGUUUGGGGAACCCGAACGUGGCUUCAGCCCAAUGUGGGGUGAAUCUCUUUCUUGAAAUGAUAAGAUCUCAGAUUUGUAAACUUCUCAAGCUAAUAAAGAUUUGCAACAGAC